AUCACCCCGAUGGUUCUCGAUCACAAAUACGUGAUGGUCAAAAACGAGGUCAUCAAAGCGGAAAGACGCGUUCUCAAAGAACUGGGUUUCUGUGUUCACGUCAAACACCCGCACAAAGUAAAGAACUACAUGAACGACAGCCUACGCACCGACGUGUUCUUGCGGUAUGCGCCGGAAGUGAUUGCUUGUGCUUGCAUGAAUUUAGCAGCACGUGUUUUGCAAGUUCCGUUUCCUACUGAUCCCGACUGGUGGGUGUUGUUCGACGCCACAGAGUGUGAAAUCUUGGACAUUUGCCAGAUCAUUUUGAAACUGUACGAAAGGAAGCCGCCACACUGGAGCGCGAUUGAGCAGAAAGUGAACGAGGUGAGGAAACGCAUGGUGGACAAUCCAGCCUGCGGCGUCAGCCUAAGUUCAGAGAACACGCCAAAUCCUCACGCAGCGUCGGACGCUGCCAAGUUUUCACCUCCUCAGACGCACCCCAGCCCCAAGGCGACUGUCGGUCAGUCGGCAGACAGUGACAAAACGCAGAAUGGCGACGUAAAUACGACAGUGACCAAGAAAAAACAACGUUCAAUCAGACAGCGACAAAACGACAACAGUUCCUGUUGUUCCGAUACGUCGUCUGACGGUGAUAAUUCCAAGCAGCUUCCAAAACGUUACAGCACUGAAGUGGCGAUGGUGCUUCAUGCCCAAACCGACAAGGACAAGGGCAGCCGAGGCUCAAGCAAUCGUCGUAAGAUGCAAGAAAAGAAAGAGCGGGAGGUCCGCAGGGCUUUGGGAAAGCGAUCUACCUCCCCUCUCUAUGACAGGAAAAGUAGUUCUAACUCUCGACGCCGGUGA